AUGCGCAAAACAAUACUACCAAGCCCGCCACCCGGCACGUGUGUCAAGACAGAGUACAGGAAAGCCGGUGUCAUGACCCGAGCCGCCCUCAAGCGUCUCAAGCUCUCCAUCCCCAGCAAGACAGGCGACCAUCCAGAUAUCCACUGCAAGCUCUCAUUCCUCCGCAAGCGGCGCGAGCAGCGCACCAACCCGCCAGAGUACCGACCCGAUUUCUGGUGGGAGGUCGAAGAGUACGCCGCCUUCGAGGAAGCACACGUGGUGGUGUCGCCCUUGAUCGGAGGAGGCUUGGGAGAGCCGAUGAUUCCGGUCGAGGAGCAGAAGGAGAUGUGGAAGACUCCUCAUGUGGAGGUGAGGGCGGGUGGGACGAUUAAUUAUUAUGUUAGGGAGGAUGAGCCGGAGAGAAUGGAGAAGGCGAAGAUAGACAAGGCGAAGAGAAAGAGGAGACAGUUGUAUGGUGGGGUGGGGAGUGAGAGGAGGAGGCGAGCGUGGAAGAAGAGGGGAGGGGCGCAGAGAUUGAAGGGGGCGGAUGGAAAGUUUCUGCCGGCCACGAAAGCCUAG